AAUGGCAGUCUGAUUCUUGUAUUUUGAGUUCCAGAUAAAAAAUUGUUUACUUCAAUUUUAUGCCAGGACGCUUUUCAGCUUCAAUUUUGAAUAUAUAAUCCAAGUCUCUUUUGCAUUGAUACCCGUUGAGAUUACAGUAUCAGAUAUUUUAGAAGAUGAUGAUGAUUCAAGAAAGAUUAAGAAACUUGGGGCAAGUUGAGUAGAUUCAAAGUGGGAGAGCCUCAUGAGCCUCUUCUCCCAAGCUGGAGAGCUAAGCCACCAUGUCUCAGCUUUACUAGAGAGUGCACCCACCUCUCUCACCUCAACCAACUCCAUGCCUUUCUCAUUACCCUUGGCCAAGCCCACCUUCCCCUCCUCUCUUUCAAACUCCUCCGUUUUUGCACCACCACUUUGGGCGGCGCCCACAUCGACCACGCUCGCCUCAUUUUCGACCACAAGCCCGCCCCCAGUGUCUACCACUGGACCGCCAUCAUCACCGCCUACGUUCAGCAAAGGGCCACCUGCCUGCAAAACUGCUCUCUAUCUCUACAAGCAAAUGCACUUCAAUUCUGUUGCCCCCAACCAAUUCACCUUCCCCUACAUCCUCAAGGCCUCUGCGCAAAUCUUCGCGCUUCUGGAGACUGCACAGACCCAUGCCCACAUUGCCAAGUCCGGCUUUGGCGCAUGGGCCGUUGUGAGGACUGCCCUCGUCGAUGCUUAUGCAAAGUGUGGAGUCCUCGAGGCAGCACGCCGUGCUCUUGGGGAGAUGCAUGAGCCAAAUGUGGCGUCCUUCACUGCAUUGUUGACUGGUUUUGCGAAAUUUGGAAAGAUGGGCGACGCAUUUGUUCUUUUUGAGGAGAUGAGAGAGCGAGAUGUACCCGCAUGGAAUGCGGCAAUAGCAGGGUGUGCGCAAAAUGGUCUGUUCGUUGAGGCAUUGUCUCUUUUCAACCGUAUGCUUGCAGAGAGCCACCAGCCAAAUCAUAUGACUCUAGUGUGCGUGCUUUCAGCUUGUGCACAUCUCGGCACACUGGGGGUCGGUGGUCCGCUUCACGCUCAUGCAUACAAGUGUGGCUCUGGGGCCUCCCCCUUUGUCGGUAACGCACUUAUCGAUAUGUAUGCAAAGUGUGGCUGCUUGAAAGAGGCAUGCAAAUUCUUCGAUCGAAUGCGAGAGCGUAGCAUCACAGCUUGGAACUCCAUGACUAAUGGCCUUGCACUGCAUGGGCACACACGUGAGGCUAUUGAAAUCUUCAAUAAGACGCAGGUAGAGAAAGUGAGGCCCGACGAGGUGACAGUUGUUGGAGUUUUAAAUGCUUGCACACAUGGUGGCCUCAUCGAUGAGGGCUGCUCUUACUUUCUCUCAAUGAAAAAGGACUAUGGCUUAGAGCCUCGAAUUGGGCACUAUGGGUGCGUAGUCGAUCUCUUGGGUCGAGCAGGUUGUCUCGAGGAGGCGAUAGAGGUGAUUGAAGGGAUGAAGCAAGAACCCGACGAUGUGAUAUGGGGCACGCUCUUAAACGCAUGUAGAAUGCAUGGUAAUGUGGGAUUAGCUGAGAGUGCAGCAUCGACUGUGGAGCUCGACCCAGGUAAUGGCUCAUAUAUGGUGCAACUAGCAAACUUCUAUGGGGAGAAGGGGAAGUGGGAGGAGGUGGGGAGGUUGGCAAGAGAUGGCCCCAUGGAGAAGACAUCUGGUUGUAGUUGGAUAGAGAUGGAUGGGGAGGUUGUGGAGUUUUACUCAGCUGAUGGGGUGAUGAAUGGGAGAGCUGAGGAGGUUUAUUCUGUGUUGGAGCUUUUGGUUUGGCAGCUGAGAAAUGCAGGGCACAUGCCUGAUUUGACCUAAAGGUAGUGCGAUGCAAUUUGGGGGAGUCUGGAUUGUUUUGUUCUUUUAGGUAUGAACACUUUAUGAUUCUUGGUGGAAGAUAAUUGUGGUUUAUUAUUGAUGAAUGUUUACCUUUCCCCUGCUUCCCUUGGGGGUAUUCGUCCAUAGCGAUUCAGUGAGGCACGCAUAUCUUUUUCUCUAUCUUACUUCUUGGGAUUGUAGCCUUGGUGUCUAAGUGGGUGUUGAUGAGGAGCUUCCAUAAUUUGACUGAAAAUGAUUCAAAUAUGGUAUUCCCGGUCCAGAGGGACUCACCAUGGCACCUUUAGGACCCGAGACUUGGUAAGUGACUAAAUCAUGGCUAUGGUCAAUGAGUUUCAUGAAAAUUCUAUCAUCCAACUGGGUGCAAAUGCCAGCUUCAUUACCCUAAAGUUUGGCUUGAGCAUGAGAUGUAAAGGGGAAAAUCAAUGCAAAGAUUUUAACAACAUGGCUGAGAGAGGUCGUAACUGACAUUAUAUUCCUAUCUUAAAUGUAUCUCAAUCAAAGAUGCUAUAGAUUGAUGAUUUUCGAAUGAAUUCGUUAAUGCGAGUCACAGGGCAAAGAAAUCGAGCUAAUUUGUAAGCUUGAUCUCUAGAAGGCUUAUGAUAAUGUGCAAUGAAACAUCUUGACAAAAUUAAAGAGAUGAUUGGCUUUGGAGAGAAAUGGCAAGGGUGGAUUCAGGCUGCAUUGCCUUAGUUUCAUUCUUAAUUAUACUCGGUGGAAACUCAUGUGGAUUUUUUUUCCUAGAAUUAAAGCUAUAAGGCAAGUGGAUUCAUUAUCACUCUUCCUCUGUCAUUUUAUAGCAAAUGCUCAGUCAGAAGAUCGAGAGGGUCCACGGAUGUGGAAUCCUGUGGGGCUUUCUUGCAGGGGCAGGCGGGCUGGUGAUAUUCCAUCUACAUUAUUUUGUUAACAUCUUGAUCUUCUGUGAAUCUAAUGAACAACUAGUAGAUAUUUUGUUGAUCUUCGUCAGGUGUGCGACACUACGAUAGAACAAUCCUAUAUACAUGGAAAAGUAAUCUCCAAUCGCUUGGAGGUCGUAUUACAUUGAUAAAGACCACUCACUUAAACUUGCUGGUCUAUUCUAUAUCACUACUUAAGAUGCCCGUUGCAGUUGUUCAUAAGGUUGAAAGAUUGCAAAGAAAAUUCCUAUGGAGAAGGUUCUCCUUCAAGCAUAAUUUUCAUAUGUUAAGGUAGGUGUCGGUAAGUUGGCCAAGGGCAGGGCUCGACAUAAGGAGGCUCAUGAUGUUAAUAUAGCAACUGGAAACAAAGUGGUAUAACCAUUACGGAAAGGGGGUGACCAUAUGUGGAGAAGAAUUGUUGGACACGAGUAUGGAUCAAUGAACAAAUUGUUGGAUCCUUAAAUCUACAAACCUUGGGAACAAAGUCACAAGUAUUUGAACAUCAAUUUCGUUGCCUGAGUUUGUUCAGGUUCUAGAUCAAAACACUAUCUUUGUGGUUCUUUUCUCAAUGUUAGUUGCAAGCUAAGCAAGAAAGGCUUCAACUUUACUGGGAAGCCUAUCCCCAUGCUUAUAUUUACCUAUACAUCGACUUUAUUGAAAUUGUCCAUGAGCCUUUUGACCUUUCAUUGCUCAUCAAUCUUCUAAAAGAAAGGCUAGUAACAAAUUGAAUCUUUUUUUUUUUUUUGUAAUCUCCAUCUGGGUGAGUAUUCCACUGUUCUUAUUUAAAUUUUGCAUCAGAUUCUGACUAAUUAUACAGCAUGCUGACCGCUCUCUUUCUCUCUCUCAAAACCAGGGCAAGUUCUCUUGUCAAGUGAAAUUAUCAAAAUUGUGGAUAUUAUCUUUGGUGGUGAGAUGAGGAAAGGCUUGCAUCCACAGAUGCAAAGGAUUUCAUAUAUGACACAGUGUUGAGGUUGAUCCAAGUUAUGAUGACCAAGAUACAUAACACUGGUAAAGUCUACCACUUCAGGGCAAGGCGUCAGAUGGCUCAAAGUGUGGGCCAAAUUGCAAAGUUCCAAGAUGCAUUAUGACUCUAAGACCGAAGAGGCGGAAGAAAAGUGAGUUGCACCACGAAUGGGUUAAAGGUAUAGGCGGUCCGGAAAGCGGGUGCCACAAUGGGACAUCUAGAUUCCAUUUCUACCACAGGUAAAGGACCUUUCUCUGCUGAACUACUUAAAAAAAAGCGGGUUCGACAAUGGAAAUUCCCAUUUUUUUCUUUGACGGAGGGCAAUCAUUUCAACUUACCUUCAAAUAUGCAUCAUUGUUGUGUGGUGGAGAUUGAGGGUCUCUUUCAAUUUUCCUAUUACUUAUCUUGUUCACCGGAAGUUUGUGACAAAUUUAAAAAGAAAAGAAACAGCUUAUGGGGUAAGAGAUCUUUUACAAUUUUUUGUGUUUUAGGUUCUGUUUUGGCUCGACGCCCCUUGAAAUUUUCAGUGUUCUCUAUUUUAAGAUCUAUCUUUAUUCAUUUGCAAUCUCUAUAUAUUCUUGUGAGAAUAGGUGAUGGGAAUAUUGGGUCUCAGCAUGCUCUGACUUCGAACUAUCUGUAUCUUUUCUUUUCAUUUCUUUUGUGAUUUUUUCACACAUUAAUAUGACAUAUGGGUUACCUUCUCAAACUCGUCGCUGUGAAAGAAAAAAAAUACGGAUUUCUCUUUGCGGAUAGAGAACUCCACGCCAUCUUUCCCAAUAGGAUCCGGUUUUUUGUUACCCCACACCCCUUUCCCUAUAGGAUCCGCCUUUUUUUAGUCCCCCGACUCGUACUACGUUUGUGCAGGCUCCCUCUAACAGCCAUUCGUUAUAUAGAUCUUGGAUCCGCAUUUGUAGAGAUUCAUGAUCAAUGAUGAUCAUGAAUAUAAAUAAAAAGUAAAAAAUUUGAACAAUAUAUAUAUAUAUUUUCGUAUCUAUUGGAUAGAAAUCUUUAGUUAUGGAGGUUCAUCUUAAAGAUGGACGUUUGUGAGUCAAAAACACUUCUCCUUCCCUAUAUGCAAUCAAUUUUGACUAGUAUGGCUCUUUCAUUUUAUGCCUGAAUAUUUUGUUGCCUUUGAUUACACAUACAUGCAUGUACAUGUGUAGUCGAUUCGUUUGAAAAAAGUUUUUGAUGAUGAUGAUGACGAUUCGUUUGAAAAAAGUUUUUGAUGAUGAUGAUGAAAUGAUGCAUGCAUGCAUGAGCAUGCAUGUACCUAUGAAAGUAUGUUUUGAACAUGUAACUAUUAUUGAAGGCAAUAUGCUAAUCAAAGAGUAUUUUGUUAAUCAAAACCAUGAAGAAAUGCAAAACCACGAAAGGCCAAACAAUUGUAAAAAUUUGCAUUGAGAAGAAUUGAAAUUUCUGAAUGGUAGGGCUGGCAAUGGGCCGGGCGUCUCUGCCCAGUGCAGCGGCCCAGCCCAAAAAAGGUAGUGCUGGUGCCAACUUGUUUUGUCCCAACCUGGCCUACUUUUUUCUUUUUUUUGUCUUCAUUUGAUUGUUGCCCAGCCUGGCCUGGCUAGGCCCUUAUCCACCUUAUUGGAUAAGGGCCGGGCCAGGGCUAGGGCCCUGGCCAGUCCAAGCCCGGCUUGUUGCCUCUCUAAUUGUCAAGAAAGUUUGUCUAUAGACAAAUUUACGGACUCUUCGGAGACCGUCGAUUUGUCGGAUGGCAGCUAUGACUCUCGACAAGAACUACAAUUUAAGAGCUCAAAAUUGUGAAAGCGGUUGCAUCUUUACUAAAAUGAGAUUGAUUUGUAAUGCCUUAUCCUUACAAAGCUAUUUAUCUCAACCCCAGUUCCAGAUUCUAAUUCCCAAAUUAAUUUACCAAAUAAGUGAUAAAAAAAUAAUCCCCAGUUUUAGAAGGGAAAGCCAAAAGAUUUCAUGCUUCGAUUUGGGUAUGUAAGCCCAUAGACAUACCCUGCUAAAAAAAGGAAAAAAAACUCCAAAUUACACUCUCCGUGCACCUGAAUAUUUAUGUCUCAACAUGAAAAAGGAGAUUGUCCGAUUUUUUGAGGGUGAGAUGAUAGAAAACUUAAAAUUCAAAUUUUCUUUUUUGAAAUAGUCAUCUAUUGAUUCUUAGAUAGUUUCCAAAAUUUCAGGUUGAAAAAUUCUCCCAACUAAGUCAUUUGCAACCAAGCCAUUUGCCAAAGGGAGUAGGUGUAUCAGUGUAUGCAAAAUCGAACCAGAACGGUUAACCGGACAUGCGCCCGGAAGCGGUUUAACCGGCCUAAUCGAUAAAUUGGCCAAUUCAACCGUUCUAAUCGGGUAAGUUCCGAAUGAUUAAAAAAAGUGUUGCAAAAAU